CUUAAUUUACACAUUGUAACUUCUUUGUAAUUGCAACUUUUUACACUACAAUGCCAAAGUUUUUUUCUGAUUCAACAAUCUUUAAUUACACCUGGGACCAAGUUGCACAAGGUUUUUGGAAAAGAUAUCCCAAUCCUAAUAGUAAACAUGAGCUGACUGAAGAUACAGUAGAAAGAGAAGUAUAUACAGUGGAACCAGGAUUAUCGGUCUCUCUAUUAACUGUCACCUCUGUUGACCAUCAAUUAGGGUCCAUACAUAAGUUAUAUUGACUACAUAAGUAAAAAUUUAGUCAUCAAUUUAUUUUGUUUGAGCAUUGUGAGAAGCCAAAAGAAAUUCGUUGAAAUCUACAUGUGCAGUUAUGCCACCACCACAUUUUUUUAUUAAACAUGUGCUGACUGAAGAUACAGUAGAAAGAGAAGUAAGGAGUGGAAAGUUGUUUUCCAAAAGGCUUUUAACAAAGACUAAUAGCAUUCCAAAAUGGGCUGAGAGGUUUAUGAGCUCAAGACAUGUGAAUAUAAUUGAAGAAAGCAUUGUUGACCCAAAAAAUAAAGUUCUUACCACAUACACAAGAAAUUUAGGGUAUGUUAAAGUGAUGAGUGUAACAGAAAAAGUAGUGUAUACUGAAAGUGAGGAACAUCCUGGUAAAACAAUAGCUAUGAGGUACGCCUGGAUUGAUUCACAAAUUAAAGGAUUUAGCAGAGCUAUUUGUGCAUUUGGCUAUGAAAGAUUUAAGAAAAAUUGUCAUAAAAUGGUGGGCGGUUUUAAUCAUGUCCUCUCCAACCUAUAUCCACAACAAAAUGCGCUGACUUCAAGUUAUUCCACUGCUAAGGCAACGGCGAAACUGAAGGAUGCUGCCAAAAAUGCAUCUGAACUGGCAAAGUCCAAAGCUGCGCCGAUCUAUGCUUCUCUACAUCCCAACCAAUCGUAGAAGUAACUUACAAACCGAAACAUUUAUUAUAUCAUAAUGUGAAAUUAUGUAAAAUUACUAUAAUCUGUAAUUGUAUAAAAUAUAACAAAUUAAUGUCUUUGUAAACAAUGAAUAGAUUGGAUGCUCAAAACGUAGACAUUUUUAAAAUAUAAUGGAAAAUUGUAAGGCAGUAGAUGUUAGUGAUUGGUAUUCAUUUAAAACAUUUUUUCUGAAUUCCUUUUGUUACGAUUUUUAGUCAUUAUAUGGUGGUAAGAGUAUCACUAAAACCUCUACAACAUAUCAAUAAAUAGUUCUUUCUGUCGCUAAA